AUGGGAUUGAUGGAGAUGAUGGAAGCCACGGAACUGAUGGGAAGUAGACCUUUAGAAUGUGAUCUAACAACAAAUUGCCCCGUCGGUCCUCCAGGGCCAAAAGGCACUCCGGGAUCAAAUGGGAGCGAUGGUGAUGAUGGAAGCCAUGGAACUGAUGGGAAGGAUUUUGAUGACAUCGUUGAGCAUAUUCCACUCUUAAACACUUGUAUAACCUGUCCUGAAGGAGAACGAGGUCCUCCGGGAAAAGUUGGCAGACGAGCUAUGCUUGUUCAGGGGUACGUGGUCUACGAGGCGUUGCUGGACUAG